AUGUCGAGCCACUCUACCAUUGUGAUGAAGAAGAUUCUAGAGGCUUACAACGGCUUCGAAGGAUUGUCAUCUGUAGUUGAUGUUGGUGGUGGAAUUGGAGCCUCCCUUCACAUGAUUGUUGUUUCCAAGUACCCAAACAUCAGAGGGACCAAUUUUGAUCUCCCACAUGUCAUCGAGAAUGCAGCGCAAUUUUCUGGUAUUGAACAUGUUAAAGGAGAUAUGUUUGUUAGUGUUCCCAAAGUAGAUGCCAUAUUCCUUAAGUGGGUCUGCCAUGACUGGAGCGAUGAACACUGCUUGAAAUUAUUGAAGAACUGCUAUGAAGUGCUUCCGGAUGAUGGGAAAGUGAUAAUUGUGGAAUGCUUAGUCCCGGUAGCACCAGACUCGAGCCUCUUGACUAAACAAGUAGUUCACUUGGACUGUAUCAUGAUGGCUCACACAUCCGGUGGCAGAGAGCGAGCGGAAGAGGAGUUUGAAUCUUUGGCAAGAAGAGUUGGUUUCAAAGGCUUCCAAGUUAUUUGCAACGUUUUUGGCACCUACAUCAUGGAGUUCUACAAGAUGAUUUGA